CGUUUUAAAAGCUUGCGCAAAAAGACUAGCUUAGUACUAAAGUCUACAGAAACAAGAAUAAGCUCGACUCGUUCAUUGCCCUUCUCUUAGAUCUCACGUCUCAGGUGUACUGCAGUUGAGAAACAAUGUCACGAAGGUAUGACAGCCGUACAACAAUCUUCUCCCCUGAAGGUCGUCUCUAUCAGGUUGAGUAUGCAAUGGAGGCUAUUGGAAAUGCAGGUAGUGCUAUAGGCAUCUUGUCCAAGGAUGGGGUGGUUCUGGUAGGUGAAAAGAAAGUAACAUCUAAGCUGCUUCAGACCUCAACAUCAAGUGAGAAGAUGUACAAGAUUGAUGAUCAUGUGGCGUGUGCCGUAGCUGGAAUCAUGUCUGAUGCCAACAUACUGAUCAACACGGCCAGGGUCCAGGCUCAGCGCUAUACGUUCGCUUAUCAAGAACCCAUGCCAGUUGAACAACUUGUUCAGUCACUCUGUGACACCAAGCAAGGUUACACACAGUUUGGUGGACUUCGCCCUUUUGGUGUUUCAUUUCUCUUUGCAGGUUGGGAUAAAAAUUACGGCUUCCAACUCUACAUGAGCGACCCAAGUGGAAAUUAUGGUGGUUGGAAAGCUGCAGCAAUUGGAGCAAACAACCAGGCUGCUCAGUCAAUACUUAAGCAGGAUUACAAGGAUGAUAUCACGAGGGAAGAGGCCGUUCAACUCGCGCUUAAAGUGCUUAGUAAGACGAUGGACAGCACUAGUCUCACUUCAGAGAAACUUGAACUUGCUGAGGUAUUUCUCUCUAAUGGGAAAGUCAAGUAUCAAGCAUGCUCACCUGAAACUCUGAAUGCAAUGUUGGUGCGGUCUGGACUGACCCAACCUGCUGCAGAAGAAUAGUAGAAGAAUGUCUUUUGGUCAGGAUUUGGCAUCCAUGACUCUCUACACCAUCCGAUAUAUGUUGUACUAAGAUUUAAGUGAUGGGUUUGUUUCUUAUUACGACUGCAUAUUUAUGUUGAAUUAGGGGCGUUCUAUCGGUUGGUGUGGUACGGUUUUAAGUUCGGUAUGGUUUGGUUUUUUAUUUUCCGAUUUCUGUUA